GACCGACGUUGGCCACCCCUGGAUUAAAUGGUUUAAAAACUCAUUGGUUAUUACCAGAGGUGUCAUGACCAUUCAAAGUCACAGUCUGAUUUCUGGAGUGGACUCCCCACGACCUCUGGCAGGUCAACAGGAAGUACAUCUGAAGUUCAUGUUGACAGGCCUGCUGUCUGGCCUGCCCUUGCCCCCAUUCUCCCUACGGAUGUGCCCUCCACUUACCACCAAGAACAUCAACCACUACCAGCCCUUAUUGGCUGUGGGUACAAGCAAUGGCUCUGUGCUGGUGUACAACUUGACCAGUGGCCUCCUGCACAAAGAGCUAAGUGUCCAUUCCUGUGAAGUCAGAGGAAUCGAAUGGGUUAGUUUGACUAGUUUUCUGUCCUUCGCCACCUCUGUUCCCAACAACCUUGGGCUUGUGAGGAAUGAACUGCAGCAUGUGGACUUGCGCACAGGGCGGUGCUUUGCAUUUCGAGGUGAGCGUGGGAACGAUGAACCAGCCAUUGAAAUGAUUAAAGUGUCACAUCUGAAGCAGUACCUGGUGGUGGUGUUCAGAGAUAAACCUCUGGAACUCUGGGAUGUCCGCACAGGAACCCUGCUGCGUGAGAUGGCCAAGAACUUCCCUACCCUCACUGCCCUGGAGUGGUCUCCUUCGCAUAACCUUAAAAGUCUGAAGAAAAAGCAUCUAGCUGCACGAGAGGCCAUGGCCAGACAGACCACCCUCGCUGAUGCUGAACAGAGCAGUGUAGAAUCCUCUGUUAUCAGUCUGUUGCAGGAUGCUGAGAGUAAAUCUGAAAUGAGUCAGGGCAUAUCAGCUCGAGAACAUUUUGUGUUUACUGACACAGAUGGACAGGUCUAUCACAUCACUGUGGAAGGCAACACCGUGAAGGAUGGGGCACGUAUUCCACCUGAU